AUGGACGCCAAUAUGUUCAAUCCGAAUGUUGACAAGGUAACUCGAGCAGCUGCCUGGGUUCGUUUUACAAAUAUGCCAUGGGAAUUUUGGGAUGAGGAGACUUUGUUCAGGUUGGCUAGGGGUCUGGGAAAGCCAAUUUCGGUAGAUCCAAGAGCAUUAAGACAUGAAUAUGGUUAUUUCGCAGCUGUACUGAUUUAUAUUGAUUUUUCACAACCAUUAGAAAAUAUUGUUGUCGAUGGUGAAGAUGGUUCUGAAGGUUUUUAUGCAGAUUAUCAGAUUCUAAAUAGGCCAAGUUUUUGCGAUCACUACAAAUCUGUUGGCCAUGAAGAGAAGGAGUGUAGAGUGAAGAAGCGAAAAGAUUUGGAGGAGCAGGAGAAGGUCGAGAAAGAUCCUGAAGUUAAGAAGAGAUUACAAGCUGAGAUUGAUGAGCUUAAAUUUUUUUGGCAAUUGCGCAAGUAUGAGAAAAAAAACUGA